GAUGCUUUCCUUGGCGGUAGAGCAAGAGGAUAGUCUCUCGCUCGCUUCAUCUUCAGUUACUUUUUCCUUAGCAGCUUCUACAUAAACGAAAGGGGCCGGUGAUGGUCUCUCUCUCGCUUCUAGCUUCCUUUUCUCUUCUACGAAUAGUCGAAUACAGCGGAGCGAGCGAGGAUGGGUGUUGGAGUUGGUCCGUCAUCGUCGCCAUCGUCGUCGAGAUGCCGGAGCACGGGGGCAACCAUGUCGGUCACGCACCGGCCACCGGCGUCGAGCAGCGGCAACUGCUGCUGCUACUGCAGCAUCAACAUCUACGUGAACAACAACGUGCAGGGGGUCACCAACUCCGUGCUCUUCGGGAGCAGCGUGGCCAUGAGAGACCCUGGAGCUCGCGUCGUCUCGUCCCGCCGGCCGCCCCGCGCUGGUCGUGUUUGCCGCGGAAAGCGGAGGCGGCAGCAGAAGAAGAUGACGAAGACGACGAUGUGGACUGCUGCUGCUAUGGUUUGCCUCGCCAUGGUUGUUCUGAUGCUGGGUGUGAGGCGUAUGUAAACUUGUAAAUGCACUUUGAGCUGGAUUCAGAUGCGUGGGCUUUUUCUAGGGCCAAAUGGGUGAAUUUUGAAACCAGCAGGAUUUGACAUGAAUACACUGCAGUAGAUUGCUUACCGGGAAAUACCCGAAGUGAGCCCAAAUGACAUGAACUUUUUUUCCCACUAAGUUACCUAAUUUCUUUCGUACAACAUCCCAUUUUGCACA